CUGCCCGCGUCCCCGCGCACACGCGUCCGCGGAGCUGUUCCCGGCGCGGGGCGCGGCGGCAGCGGCCUUCUGGGACUAGAAGUGUGAGGCGCCUGUGCGGCGGCGGCGGCAGCACGGGAGAAAAAGGACUCGGCUUCCCAGCGUGCCCCGCGGGCGGGCGCGCAGGCGCAGUCCGGGCCGCCGGCGGCCCGCAGGCGCAGUUGGAGCCCGGUGGGCAGCGCGCAGGCGCAUUCGGGAAGAGGGUCCGCGGGCAGGGCCGAGGCUAGCGCCGGGUGGGCGGCGACGCCAGAGCCAGUGGAGCCCUCCGGGCUUCCGAGUGGUGGCGGCGGCGGCAGCGGCGGCGGCAGCGGCGGCGGCGGCGGAGCAGAGGAGGAAAGUGGCGGCUCCCCCACGGCCGGCGAGCGGGCCGGCCCGUCCCGCGAGCUUGCCGUGACCCGGAGGCCCAGUGUGCCUUCGGUCCCGGGCCCCUCCGCCGCCCCCGCCGCCGUCACCGCCGCGAUGGCCCGGCCGCUGGUGCCCAGCUCCCAGAAGGCGCUGCUGCUGGAGCUCAAGGGGCUGCAGGAGGAGCCGGUGGAGGGCUUCCGCGUGGCGCUGGUCGACGAGGGCGACUUGUACAACUGGGAGGUGGCCAUCUUCGGGCCGCCCGACACCUACUACGAGGGCGGCUACUUCAAGGCCCGGCUCAAGUUCCCCAUCGACUACCCGUAUUCUCCACCAGCUUUCCGCUUCCUGACCAAGAUGUGGCACCCCAACAUCUACGAGACGGGGGACGUGUGCAUCUCCAUCCUACAUCCCCCAGUCGACGACCCCCAGAGCGGGGAGCUGCCCUCGGAGCGGUGGAACCCCACACAGAACGUCAGGACCAUCCUCCUGAGCGUGAUCUCCCUGCUCAACGAGCCCAACACCUUCUCGCCGGCCAACGUGGACGCCUCGGUGAUGUACAGGAAGUGGAAGGAAAGCAAAGGCAAGGACCGCGAGUACACGGACAUCAUCCGGAAGCAGGUCCUGGGGACCAAGGUGGAUGCGGAGCGGGACGGCGUGAAGGUGCCCACCACGCUGGCCGAGUACUGCGUGAAGAGCAAGGCGCCGGUGCCCGAGGAGGGCCCCGAGCUCUUUUACGAGGACGACUGCGAGGACGGCAGUUGCCUGGGCGAUGAGGACAGCUCCGAGAGCGAGGGGUCCUGACGCCGCGCCCCAAUAAACUCUCAGAUGUUACCUCCCACGCCCGCCAGCCUGGCCACGGACUACCUCACGCGGCCCGCCCCGCCCCGCCCUGCCCUGCCCCUCCGUGCCCUGGGUUGUGUCCCGGACAGUGGCCGCUGAGGCCCAGGCUGUGGGGGCUGGCGAGGCCCAGCAGGGCCGGGCGGGUGGGUGCUGGGUUUGGGGCCCCGCGCCACAGGGUCAGGACCUGCACCCGCAGCCUCCGCGGCCAGCGGCCAGGCCCGCUGCCUGCUUCAGUUUGUUUGAGUCUAAGUAAAUAAAACUACUUUACAAGGA